AUGCGCGGGGGCGCGUUCAUCGGGAUCAACGGGGAGACCCUGCCCCUGCCCAGCGGCCUGCCCAACGCCAACAUGCGGCUCUACGGCGGCGCCCAGUUCCACAGGGCCAUGGCCGAGUUCAGAAUGGCAAUAGGCCAGCUCACCUGCCCAGACAUCAGCCGCGAGGAGAUUGUCAAUGCAUGCGGCGUCGACGACAUCCACGACGGCGUCAACUACGUGCGCACGGCGUGCGUCAUAGCCGUGUCCAAGGCGCGCGACAUGUUCGAGCCCUUCAUGCACCAGCUGGGAUACCGCCUGGCGCACGUGCUGCGGCGGCUGCUGCCCGUGGCGAUGUUCCUGCUGCAGCGUGACGGCCAGUGCCUGAGCGGCCACGACCUGUUCCUGAAGCGCGUGGGGGCCGCAUACCACGCCUUCAUCGACGAGGUCGAGUCCGGCUGCAAGACGCGCUGCCUAGAGGACCUCACCUCCACCACGCGCUACGUCACAUGGUCCCUCCACACCAAGAGCACCAAGGCCCUCCGCGCCAUGAUGUCAAAACUGCACAUCCCCGAGGCCGUCCGCGCCGCCGCCGCCGCAGGCGCCGCGCCCGCCCCCUCCUCUGGUGGCGGCAAGCCCGCCUCCUCCGGCGGCGGCGGCGGGUCGUCGUCUUCCGGGGCCGCGGAGGGCGGCGCGGCGGGGGCGGCGGUGAUGCUGGAGCUUCUGGAGUGCACCCUGUGGCAGCGGCAGCUGGGGUCUUUGUCGGAGGAGAUGGUGGCGGCGCUCGUGUGCCAGGUCUUUGAGGGCAUCCGUGACUACCUCAUACAGUCAGCAGAACUGAAGUUCAACUGCUUCUUCCUGAUGCCGCUCAUCGACACCUUCCCUCAGCGGCUGAGGGAGGAGCUCGAGGGCGCGUGGGAG